CGUUUCGGGCCAGUUUCAAGCAUGGCGGACGCGGUCGCCGCGCCCGACGUCGACGGGACCGCGGUGCACAACUCGAACAGCGCGGCGCUGCAUUUGCUCGACCAGUACGUCGAGGAUGGCAUGCUCACGCCGAUGCAAGCAGCUGCGUACAAGGACAAGUACACCAAGCUGUCGUCGUAUGUGCUGGAAACAUACAAGCGCGAGAAGGAGCUGCUCAAGAAGGCCAAGCAGCUCAACGGCGACCUCCUCUCGGAGAAGAUCCGGCUCGAAAAGCAGAGCAUUCGCAAGAGCGAGGAGCUCGCGAUGAACUCCAACUUGGAGAAGGAGAAGGAAAAGGCCAGCAAAGAGCUGGCCGACUGCGUCGACCGCGAGACGAUCUUGACGUACGAGAUCACCGAGCUCCAGCGCGAGCAUGCCGAGCUCCUUACGCGCAAGGAAGACAUGCUCGCCGAGAACGCGCGCCAAGUCGAGCCCGAAGUGCGCAAGAUGACGGACGAGAUCGCGCGGCUCGGCGACGAGGCCGCGCGCAUCUCGGUCGACAUCCAAAAAGAAGAGCGGCGCAAGAACGACUUGGUCGCGCGCUGUGAAAGCUUGCGGGUCGCCAACGAUGCGCUCGAUGCCGCCAACAAUGCCGAGAAAAAAGUGCUGGCCAAGCUCCGGGGAGACCCCGAGCGCAUCGCCAAGCAAGCCGACGUCGUCGCGAAAGCGGUCGAGAACCUCGAACACGAGAUCAAGCGCCUGCAAGACCGACUGGUCAUUGUGAAUGCGCAGUGCUCGGCCCAGGACGAGAAGCGCAAGGAGGCCGACGACGUCCAGAAAGAACUCAACCACAAGCUCGACGUGCACCGAGAUACGAUCGACCAGCGCCAGCGCGACGUGGACCACGUGAGUUUGCUCCUCACGGACGAGCGGCAGACGCACGCGACGCGUCUUGGCGAUCGCGCGCGGCUGGAUCUCGCACUGCGCAGCGCUGAAAUGACGAGUCGGCGCGAGACGGACCGGCAGAGCUCGCUCGUCAAGGAGUUUGACCGGCUCAAGAAGACACUCAAGAAGAAGAUGGUGCAAGUCGACAGCGCCAAGAGCCUCUUGCCCAACUUGGAGGUGCAAGUGACGGACGCCGAGCACCAAAUGGCCGCCGACCACGUCGACCUCAAGCAAGACGUGGACGUGCUCAUUGCGCGUCUCUUCAAGCUCGACACGAUCGAAAAAGCAAAAGUCGACGAGCUCCAAUCGCUCUCGCAGCGGGUCAAGGACUACGAGACCGAGCUCGGCCAGUGGGUCGCGGAGGAGGCCAAGCAGACCAAGAUCCUCGCGCUCCUUAGCGCCCAGCGCGAGAUGAAGGCGCGCGCCGCCUCGACCGCGAUCGACAAUGAGAAAGCGACGCAGCAAGAGCUCAAGAUGAAGGAGCUCGUGAUCCUCGACUUCGCGAAAAAGUGCAACGAGACCAACAACCGGCUCAAGGAGUUCUCGGCGCUCUACGACAUCGUCAAGAACGAGCGCAACAAGUAUGUGAAUUUGAUCCAAGCGAGCUCGCAAGCACUGGCCGAGAUGAAGGAGAAGAUCAAAAUUCUCCACAACGAAGUCGAAGUGCUCCGGAACGAGAGCUUGGCCAAAGACAAGGCGCUCACGAAAGAGCGGCUCGCGCACCAAACGGCGCAGUGCAGCCGCGACAGCCUUCGCCUCGACACCAACAAAUGCCACGAGCUCUAUCGCAUCAAGCAAGAGCAGGUCGAGCAGCAAAUCGUCCAGAUCGACAAGCUCAACUCGAUCAUCAACGUCACCGAGAAAGACAUGCUCCGGCUCAAGAAACAAUACGAGAUCGCAGUCGAAGCGCGCAACUCGACCGGCGUCCAGCUCAUUGACCGCAACGACGAGCUGUGCAUUUUGUACGAAAAGUGCAACAUCCAGGCUAAGACGCUCACGGACGGCGAGCUCGCGAUCCAGGAGAAAGAGCAGCAGAGCCGCAUGCUCCACAUCAAGCUCCUUGACAUGGAGCGGCAGAUUGAAACGAUCCGAAAGAAGGUGCCGCUCGUGCCAGAGUACGCGAGUAAGGUCCUCUCGAUCCAGCACGAGCUCAAGCAAGAACGCAUUGUGACCGAAAUGAUGUGUCGCGACCUCGAGACGCCCAAGAACGCCGAGCGAUCGGUUCAACCUCAAAAAGGAAUGCUGCUCGAGAAGGAGCUCGUGCUCGAAGAGGUCACCAAUCUCUCGGACAAGCUGCGCGCGCAGGCCGCGGACGGCCGCGGCGACACGCUCCAGCUCGCCAAGAAGGUCAACACGUUCCAGGUCAAGAUCAAGGAGACGACGCGCAAGAUGAUGGCGACGGUCUCGGAACUGUCCAUGUUUCAAGCGACGGCCAUGAAGCUCCAGCAAGAAAAGCACGACCACGAAGCCGCGUUCGCCGAAGCGCAAUGGAACUUUGAGAACGGUCGCGCGCCCAACGCGCAGUGCGAGCACGAGUGGUACCGACUCGAGGCCGCGCGAUUGGCCCGCGACGACCGCCGCGCGCUCACACCGCUGCUCGUCCCGUCGCAGAUCACGCGCACGACGGCCGAGCCGCGCCCGAACGCGUACGUGCCGGACGAACUCGGCAUUCCCAAGCCGUAUGGCGGCGCGGCGCCGUUCAAACCCACGCUCACAGGCUCCACGAUGCGUCAUAUUCGGCCACCGCAGCGCCGCGACAUUGAAAUAUAA